CCCUAUAUCACCAGGGGCGGCGGAGCACAGAGUCACAGACAACUCACUCCCAGAGAAUACUGUCACUUCUUGGUUCUGCACGUCUAACUCACCAGCAGAGAUGAACGGAAAAUUCGCUUUGGCACUCAUCCUCUGCCUCCAGGUCUCCCUGAGCCUGUGUCAGGCCCCCGCUCCGUCCCAGGAGCUGGUGGACAAGUAUGAGGGUCUGAAGGGCGUCUUCUACCGCCGCUUGCUAACCGGCGUCACCAGAGCGCAGGCGGCACUGGGACCCAUGAUUGAGGGCAUGGGCGACAGCGACCAGACCGCCAAGGCCUAUGUGGAGGGCAUACAGACCAGCCCCAAGUUCCAGAGCGCCGUCAAGAUCGCCAGUGGCCUGGCCCAAGAAGCAUCCCCCCUGGUGGAAAAGGCCCGCCUUGCCACCCUCGGUGCAUAUGAGCAGUACCUGCGUCCAUACAUCGGCACCUACCUGGACGACCAGAUCAUCCAGGCCAAGUUCUUCCUGGACAAAGUGCUGCCCGUAGAGUAGAAGGACCGCCAGGCGUUGGAAAACCUCAUCUUGCUAUUUGCUUGUGAUAGAUAUGCAUCAGCGUGUAGGGAAGAACUGUAUGCCAGCAUAGGCAGUGAACAGCGGCGCUUAGUGAAAACACACACUUUUGCUUCUGUCUGAAAUACUGCAGAAAAACGUUCUCUUCUCUUAUUUUUCUGCUGAGAAUGUGUGUCUAGUUACAAAAACAGCAACAAAUCAACGCCGCCUAUGCAGAAGAACAUCGUGCAUGUACAGUUUUUAGUGUUUGAUGCACUGAUUAAGGUUUGUGUUUGAGUGAGUGUCUGUGUGUGAGGAAAAAUAAAGAAAAAACUAAAUGUA